AUGGAUGAUUAUGGAGCUCAGCUCGAAGUUGGGAUGAUGUUCAGGAACCGUGAUUCAUUCAAGCAGCAUAUAGCAAUGUUUGCUAUUGCUAAAAAGUUUUGCUACUGUAGCGUCAAGUCAGAUCCGAGCAUGAUGAUACUGAAAUGCAUUAGCUCAACUUGCCCAUGGCGUGUGUAUGCGACAAAGCUAAAGGAUUCAGAGGUUUUUGAGGUGAGAAAACUUUCCAUCGUUCAUACAUGUUCUAUUGCAGAGCGUGGUGGAUACCAAGGCCAAGCAACUUCAGUGGUCAUUGGAGAACUGAUGAAAGCAAAAUUUUCUGGAAACGGUAUCGGGCCUAGGCCGAGGGAAAUUCGAAUGAUGAUGCAUGGUGACCAUGACGUCUCGAUUUCAUACUGGAAAGCGUGGAAGUCAAGGGAUAUGGCUGUGGAUAAUGGCCACAGAACGUGUAAUGCUUCUUACAUAAAGCUUCCGUCUUAUCUAAAUAAUCUGGUCUUAGCAAAUCUGGGAUCUUUAGCCAACUUACACACAGACCAAACCGAGGAAGGGGGCCACCGGUUCAAAUAUAUGUUCCUCGCCUUAGGAGCUUCAAUUGAAGGAUAUAAGGGGAUGAGGAAGGUAGUGGUCAUUGAUGGGACUCAUUUAAAAGGAAGAUAUGCAGGAUGUCUGCUCACGGCACCAGCCCAAGAUGGGAACUACUUCCCUUAG